CUUGACCUUCGUGAAUUCCACUCGUCUCCUACCUCACUCCCAAAGUCCUUCAAAUUACAAAUAGAAACUUCUCUUCUCCGUCCCAUUUCCCAUUUCUCUCUUCCCAACGCCAUGAAAUCCACCGCCAACGCCAAGCUCAUCCUCCUCCACCCUUCCAUCCACAAACAACCCCUCCCCACUUCCACCCCCGCUACCGGAGCACCCACUCUCUCCCCUCGCCGUUGGCUCUUCUCCUUCCUCACCUUCUUCACUCUCGCCUUCACUCUCACCCUCAUUAACUCUACCUUCUCCACUUCCACCGCCUCCCGCCGCUCCCUUGCCGGACAUGGUCCCAACGUCGCCGCCUCCACCGCCCUCCCACAUUCCAUUUCCUCUGCCCUCCUUCACUACGCCGCCGCCGACACUAACUCCACCAAACCCCACAUGUCCACCGCCGAGCUUUCCUCCAUUGCGGCCGCGCUCUCCCCUUGCGCUCCAGCUUGUAAUUUCUUAAUCUUCGGCUUAACCCACGAAUCCCUCCUCUGGCGCGCCCUCAACCACGGCGGUGCCACCGUCUUCCUCGACGAAAACGAAUUCCAGGUAUCUAAAUUCGAGCAAUCGAACCCGGGAACAGAAGCGUACGAUGUCCAAUACACAACAAAAGUAAGCGAGAUGAAAGAGCUUCUAUUUCAGGCCAAAUCACAAGUAGAUAACGAAUGUAAACCCGUUCAGAAUCUCCUCUUCUCCGAAUGCAAACUGGGCAUCAACGAUUUGCCUAACCACAUUUACCAAGUCCCAUGGGAUGUGAUUCUGGUGGAUGGGCCUCGUGGGUACAAUGCGGGAUCGCCGGGAAGGAUGUCGGCGAUCUUCACGGCGGGAGUUUUGGCGAGAAGUAAAUGUGGGAAACGGAAUUCGAAAACCCAUGUGUUCGUUCACGAAAUGGGGCGGGAGGUUGAGAGGAUUUACAGCGAGGAGUUUCUUUGCCGGGAAAAUUUGGCGGAAUCGGUGGAUUCCUUGGGACAUUUUGUGGUGGAGAAGGUAAUCGAAAGAGCCGGCGGUAGAUUCUGUAAGAAUUCUUCUUCUGGUUCGUCGUAACCUUUUUGAUUGUUUGAUUAUUACCAUGUGGGUUUGUGAUUAUAGUUUUGUAAAAUCUUAAUAGUUUUGUCUUUUUCGUUAGUAUCAUACUGAUGUGUGAUGGAUGUAUUAAGUUUUAGGUAAUCGGAAUGUUCUUUUUCUUAUGUAUGUGUUUGGUUUCCGAGAAAGUGCGAGCAAAAUGUAUAUAUAUAUAUAUAUAUAUAUAUAUGAAAGCAAACAAAUUCGUUGCUUUCUUUAACUGUUUAUCA